AUGAAGAAAGCAAUCCCUCUCAUUUCCUCUCAAUGUCUCACACACCUUCUCAUCACGUUUGCAUUACUAUCACAAACUGUAAUGGCAGAAUCAAGAGCCAAGACAGUUCUGAUAACAUGCGGUUCUCAACUAGAGCACAACACAACCAUCUUCGUUCCAAAUUUUGUCGCAACUAUGGUAAGGAUCAACGAGCAGAUGAGUAGUACAGGUUUCGGCACAGCAGUUACAGGGACAGGACCUGAUACCAACUAUGGCCUAGCACAAUGCUAUGGAGAUCUUUCAUUACUUGAUUGUGUGUUGUGUUAUGCCGAGGCACGCACUGUUCUUCCACAGUGCUUUCCUUAUAACUCUGGCCGCAUUUACCUCGAUGGUUGUUUCAUGAGGUCUGAGAAUUAUAGUUUCUUUAACGAGUAUAAAGGACCUGGAGAUAGAGCUGUGUGCGGGAACACAACUAAGAACUCCGAUUUUCGAGCAGCGGCGAAGCAAGCAGUGUUGAGAGCAGUUCAAGAUGCAGAGAAAAAUAAAGGCUAUGCCAGAGGGAAAGUUGUUGUAUCAGGAGCAGCAAAUGAAUCUGCUUAUGUUCUAGCUGAUUGUUGGAGGAAUUUAAACUCUCAGUCUUGCAAAGCAUGUCUCGAGCAUGCAUCGUCGUCGAUAUUGGGAUGCCUGCCUUCCUCAGAAGGACGGGCACUCAAUACCGGAUGCUUCAUGAGGUACUCCGACACUGAUUUUCUCAACAAGGAAGUGGAAAAUACAAACUCACGAGGUAAUCUUCUAGUAAUAGUUGUUGCAGUAGUCAGUUCGGUGAUCGUUGCAGUGGUUGGAGUGAUUAUAGGAGCUUAUAUCUGGAAACAAAGAUACAUUCAAAGGAAAAGAAGAGGAUCAAAUGAUGCAGAAAAGUUAGCAAAGACUCUCCAGGAAAAAAGCUUGAAUUUCAAGUACUCUACAUUGGAAAAAGCUACUGAAUCUUUUAAUGACAAUAACAAGUUAGGGCAUGGCGGAUUCGGAACGGUUUAUAAAGGAGUUCUACCUGAUGGAAGAGAGAUUGCUAUCAAGAGGUUAUAUUUCAACAACAGACACAGAGCAGCAGAUUUCUACAACGAAGUCAACAUAAUUAGCGGUGUUGAACACAAGAAUCUAGUUAGACUAUUAGGAUGCAGUUGUUCAGGACCUGAAAGUCUGCUUGUUUACGAAUAUAUGCACAACAGAAGUCUCGAUCGCUUCAUUUUUGAUAAAAACAAGGGCAGAGAGCUAAAAUGGGGAAAGAGAAAUGAAAUAAUUAUUGGGACAGCUGAAGGAUUAGUUUACCUGCAUGAGAACUCCAAAAUCAGGAUAAUUCAUAGAGAUAUAAAAGCCAGCAACAUCCUAUUGGACUCAAAGCUUCGAGCUAAAAUUGCCGAUUUUGGUUUGGCCAGGUCCUUUCAAGAAGACAAAAGCCACAUAAGUACAGCUAUUGCAGGAACUUUGGGGUAUAUGGCUCCAGAGUAUCUAGCUCAUGGUCAAUUAACAGAAAAAGCGGACGUAUAUAGUUUCGGAGUGUUACUGCUAGAGAUAGUUACAGGAAGACAGAACAACAGGAGCAAAGCAUUAGAAUAUUCAGACAGCUUAGUUAUAGUGGCAUGGAAGCAUUUUCAGUCAGGCGCUUCCGAAGAACUAUUUGAUCCAAAUAUAGAGUUGCACGAUGACCGCAAUAGUAGUGAUGUUAAGAAUGAGCUUUUAAGAGUGGUUCACAUAGGACUUCUAUGCACUCAAGAGGUCCCUUCAUUGCGACCAACUAUGUCAAAGGCAUUACAGAUGCUAACCAAGAGUGAGGAGCCUCUUGUUGCUCCCUCGAAUCCGCCCUUCAUAGAUGAGAAUACUAUGGAACUCCAUGACACAAGUGGUGACGCAUUUUACCUCCCCAAUGCAACUGAUUCAAUUGCUACUAUGUCUCAUAGCUCUUUCUAUCCCAGAUGA